UGGGACUGUUUAUGGGCAGCAACUCACUACUUGGCUUACGUCCUUGAUAUUGCAGCAAUAAUUUAUUUUGAGAUUUGUCAGUGGUGCGAAUUUCUGCAGCGAUUUGAUGGUAGUACAACUUGUGGUUCUGUGGGUAGUGAUUCGAAUUGA